CCGCCGCCCCCGCCCGCCCCGGCCCCGCCGCUCGCGCCGAGCAGCAGCGGCAGCAGCAGGAGACGACGAGGAGGAGGAGGAGGAGGAUGAAGGAGAUGAAGCAGCGGAGGAAGAAGGAGCGCACGUGGGCCGAGGCCGCACGCCUGGUGCUGGAAAACUACUCUGAUGCUCCUAUGACCCCAAAACAGAUCCUGCAGGUGAUAGAGGCUGAAGGACUGAAGGAAAUGAGCGGCACCUCACCCCUGGCCUGCCUCAACGCUAUGCUGCACUCCAACUCCAGGAGUGGUGACGGCCUCUUCUACAAACUGCCCGGCCGCAUCAGCCUCUUCACCCUCAAGAAGGAUGCCUUGCAGUGGUCUCGGAACCUGUCUGUGCCAGAAGGGGAGGAGCUGGAGGAUACAGCAGACGCAGAGAGUUGCGAGUCCAAUGAGGCGAGCACUGUGAGUGGUGAUAAUGACGUGUCCCUUGAUGAAACCUCCUCUAACGCCUCAUGUUCCACUGAGUCUCAGAGCAAGGGACCUGCAGCUACUAGGGAGAGCCACAGAACCGCCUCCCAGACAACCAAGCAAAAGAAGAAGACUGGCGUAAUGCUGCCACGUGUUGUCUUAACCCCACUGAAAGUAAACGGAGCACACAUGGAGUCUGCCUCCGGCUUCACGGGCCGGCAUGCCGAUGGGGAGAGCAGCAGCACCUCCAGCAGCAGCAGCAGCUCCUUGGCCCUGUGCAAAGCCACGUUGCGUAGCAGAACAGAAAUAAACAGGGAUCCUCCGCAGCUUCUGCGAGGUAUCCGGAAGCCUGCAGCUGGGCAAAUGAAACGGAACAGGGGUGAGGAUAUUGACUUUGAAACGCCUGGUUCCAUUCUUGUCAAUACAAACCUGCGAGCUCUGAUAAACUCCAGAACUUUUAACGCGCUCCCGUCACACUUCCAGCAACAGCUUCUUUACCUCCUUCCAGAAGUGGACAGACAGGUUGGGGCUGACGGGCUCAUGCGUCUCAGCAGCAGUGCUUUGAAUAACGAGUUCUUCACCCACGCUGCGCAGAGCUGGAGAGAACGCCUGGCUGAUGGUGAAUUUACCCACGAGAUGCAAGUUCGAAUUCGGCAGGAGAUGGAAAAGGAAAAGAGAGUGGAGCAAUGGAAAGAGAAGUUCUUUGAGGACUACUAUGGACAAAAGUUGGGCUUGACCCAGGAAGAAUCCCAGGAACAGAAUUCGGUGCAAGAAGAUGCUGAGAACAGGACAAGGCCAUCCGUUAAAGGAGAAGCAAGGCUGUCGCGUGGUCCUGUUACACGGCAGAGGGAUGGGCGCUUCAAGAAACGCUCACGGGCUGACCUGCGAUGCCGAGCCAGGAGGAGCCUGUACAAAUUGCGUGAGCCUGAGCAGACGGAGGCUUCCAAAGAGACGGCUUCUGUGGGACCAGAGUCCUCUCCUCACAAAGAGACAAAGCCUGAGAUAGACCUGAAGAAGGAUGACGUGAAAAACCCAUCAGCGACUGUGCUGAAGCCAGAGAGUUCAGAAUUGCACCUCUCACCAGAGACUUCUAAAUCACACAGUAAAUCGGAGGAGCUGUCAGUGGCAGCUGCAAACAGGAUUCCCAGUUUGCCUCAGGAGAACGCUGCUCGGGAGCCCAAGGACCAGAAGAGGAAAUGCUUUGCGGAGGCUGCCUCUGCGUCCUUCCCCGAAAAGAAGCCCCGGCUUGAAGAUCGUCAGUCCUUUCGUAACACAAUUGAAAGUGUUCACCCAGAAAAGCCACAGCCUACUAAAGAGGAGCCCAAAGUCCCACCCAUCCGGAUUCAACUUUCACGUAUUAAACCACCCUGGGUGGUUAAGGGUCAGCCCACUUACCAGAUAUGCCCCCGGAUCAUCCCCAACACAGAGCCCUCCGGCUGGGGCAGGACUGGGGCCAGAACACUCGCAGACAUUAAAGCCCGUGCUCUGCAGGCCCGAGCCCAGCGAGAGGCUGCAACAGCUGCCAUUGGAGGAGGGGGUGGCCCCGGUGGAGGGAGAGGCACUGACGAAGGAGGUGGCGGAGGAGAAUCCAGCAGCCGUAGAGAGCACAGGAGAUCAAAGAGAGCUCGUGGAAAGCGUUCGGCAGAUCUACAACGAACACAAUUACUGUCGUCUCCCCAUCUGAAGGGAGAAAAGGCAAAUGCUGAGAUGGCUUCUCAGGAGGCUGACGCCAAUUCCUUCUUCUCUUCAAGACAAGACCCCUUUUCUCCAAAGAGUGAGGGCGGUAGCUCAGGGGAGGCUCAGCGCCAUGAUGGUUCACCUGGAAGGCAGCCCUGUGAUGCUUUGACUGGGUCCUCCGUAGACAAUGCAUCUUCUGAGAGGCAGGAGGAGAGCCCAGAACAGCUCCUCUGUGACCCAAGGACCGAAACCAUAUCUUGCAUUGCAUCACAGGAGAGGCAGAGUGCAAAGGCGAAACGCGUGGUUCCUCUGGUGAACGGUCUGUCUGGUUCUCGGGCACAGGGAGCUGUGAUCGGUCCUGUGGGAGACGGGCUUGUGUCAGACCUCAAAGGUGUUGGUACUCCUGCUGUGCAGCUGGAUUAUCAUCCUGAUGUAAAAGAAGAGUCUUCCAGUUGUCCUGCUUCUCUACCAGAAUCCUCAUCAGGUGGUGAAGGGUGCCAUGAGCCUGAAGUGGCAUCGAGGUUUAGAUUUAAUGGCUCUGAAAUGAUUGUGGAAAACUGUGUGGCCGCUGGUGGUAACUGUGAACCAGUGACUGCUGGAGUGGAGAACGCAGACCCUGUACUGUGCAGCUUUUCACACCUGCAGGCAGCGAAAGAGAGCGAUGGCAAACUGAGGGAUGGCGAACAGAACACAGAGUCUCCGAUGAAACCCUUAUUGGGUAGUGGCUUUAUUUCUCAGAACACGCUGGAUGCCUCGGAGAAAUGUCUGCAGCCAAGGGAGAGGAGCCCCAGGACAGGGCCAGAACAAGCACAUCAGCCACUGAUGGAGAAUCGAGAGCUCAAAACAAAUGGAGAUGAUGAAAUACGGAGUAUGCACAGUGAAACAACAGAUACUGCUUCAGAUUUUGAAGGCGACAUAGGUGAUGAGAACAUAGAGAUGAGUCUGUGUUUCAGAAGUGCCAGCUAUAGGGAGGUAGCUGGCAAAGACUCCUCACAGCACAGCAGCACUGAGAGGUGCGGUAAGAUUAGGUCAGAAUCUCCUGUGGAAGCAGAUCGUCUGGCCCAUCUAGUGGACUUCCCCGAGGUCACAGCAGUGAGCACUGCAGCUCUGUCUGAGCGAUGGGGACUGCAUGCACCAUUGCCCCAGAAGCCCGAGCAGGUAACGGGUUCUGUAUCCUCUAUUGAAACCAACAACCCCUUGGUGAUGCAGCUGCUCAAGGGGAAUCUUCCCUUGGAAGAAGUUCUCCCAGUAUCUCAUGCGAACGUCAAGCUGGAAAUUGCACAGCUGCCACUGGACAAGGAUUUGGAAAGUGUUUCCCUGCAAAUGGAGAGAGGUAUUGGUUGCUAUUUUGGCAAAGAAUCUUCUCCAGAUAGAGGAAUAAAGACGAGUGCCCUGAGCAGGAGUGAUGACUUCAACUCAGUGAGAUCUUCCAUAGAUGCCUCCGAGAGGAAGUGUGGAUCAGAGGCCACAGAGGAUGCAGAGGAGAAAUCUAUUCCAGAAAAACAUUCCAAAGUUGGCUCAACUUUAAGCUGCCAAGACCAAGUGGCAAAUGUGGCAAGUGCCUCUCGGAGGCCUGAAGAUGUGGGCCCUCGGGAAAGAACAUUUUCUUCCUGUAGCUUUGAGGAGCAAGAGGAGUUGUCCAAGGUCCAUCGGGUGCCACAGCACGACCCAGUGGCAAGCGGCAUCACAAAUAAAAGUCCGGAGCAGUCAAACGCCUCUACGGAGCCUCGGUUUUUAUCUCCCACGGUAAAUUCUCGUGGUCCAAAUCAGACAGGAGGUGCCUCUGUCAAUAAAAAUCACGUUGGCGUUCAAGGCAAAAAACUCUUUGGUUCUGGCUUUCCUUGCAGUCCUGGUGUUCGGCUGCAUCACUCCAGGGCUAUGGAUCAAGUUUCAGCCAUGGGAACCUUGUCCCCCAGCAAACAGAUUCCUCUGAGCAAGAGCUGUGCCUCCGGAGAAGGAAUGCCAGCUGCAAGGGAGGAAUGGACUUCAAAGCAGCGCUCCGACACCCUGGGAGGGAUCAGGAAUGAGAACGUGUUGGCAUGCAGCAGCCCAGCUAAGCGGAACAUGGAGAACCGGAAGGAUGCAGCCCAGAACCCUGUGGAGCUGACGGAGCCCUUGCAAAGCAUUCCUCUGGGUAUGGACUCACCAUAUUUUAAGUUUUCGAGGGAACCAGGGAAAGGACUCGCUCACCCUUUGGAGCCUUCUUCCUUACCCUCUCAGCUCAAUAUCAAGCAAGCGUUUUAUGGGAAGCUUUCUAAGCUGCAGCUCAAUUCCACCAGCUUUAAUUAUUCAUCCAACACUCCAGCUUUUCCCAGAAGCCUUGCUGGGAGCGUGAUGCAGCUCACCCAUAAAGCGAACUUUUCUGCAAGCCGGAGCACGGCCCUGUCUGUGCAGAUGUUUGCUGAUAGUGGCAGCGUCGAUGAGAUCGCAUUCAAGUGCUCGUGCAGCCUUAAAGCCAUGAUAAUGUGUAAGGGCUGCGGAGCCUUUUGCCACGAUGACUGUAUAGGACCCUCUAAACUCUGUGUAUUGUGCCUUGUGGUGAGAUAAUGAAUUAUGGCCAUGGGACAGACUGUACAGUCAGUGUGUGUAUUUUGAUAACGGCUGAUCUGACAACCCGUACGCAGAAUACUGCUCUGUUUAUAGUAGAGAUGCCAUUACACUUCGUUUUGGUGAGGAAAGUUGACAUGCCUUCCCACUGCGACCUACAGUGCAAAGCCCCUUCUCGCUCAUGGUUGCACUCCGCUGUCCGGGCUGUGCCCCGCUGGAGCGAUCCUUCUGCUUCGUGCUGUCAUGAGAGUUCCGACUGGGCUCUGCUUCAGGUGCCGAGGCGAGUUUGCGGCAAACUGUGGACCCUCUGUCGAGGAAAGCUUCGCAUCCAAAGGAACUGGAUCCAAAGGAACUGGAACAGGGUGUUUUAUACAUGAGGGCUGUGCUAGGUGAGGCCCUACAGUCUUCCACUCUCCCUUCUGCCAUCCCAUUCUUGGUUUGUGUGGGAAGUGCUGCUGUAAGAGCUGCUCUGCAGUGACAGUCCUGGCCACCCUUUGGAUGCUGCAGGAUGAGGUGCCCAGGGAAGUGCUCAGCGGGAGCUGGGUACCGCUCACUGUGUCCUGGAUGGGGCCAGCUACGAGGGUGCGAGAAUAGAAGCAAAGUAUGGGAGGUGCCAAGUGACCGCCUUCCGCUGGCCUGCAGGAGCCGUGCGGCCCCAGAACUGUGCCUGGCUGAACUCUGGGCCCAGCUGCUGCGAUGCCUCUCAGCUGCCUUGCCACAAACCAGCGGGAAAUGUCAGGUUCCUCAGAGCUCAUUCACGUGGCCGGUGAUCUCUGCAUUGCAGCCCUGCCCUGAGGACCUUAACCCGACAGCGUCGGACGACUCGCGAGAGCUGAGCUGGGUGUCGGUGUGACCAUCACCUAACGUUGAAAGCAGUGUUUUUUUCCUUUUUUUUUAUAUAUAUAUUUUCAUUCUUGGAUGUAGAAAGUGAAUUAUUUGGCUCCUGCAGUAAGACAAGAAUAAUGUGACUUAUUACAUUGCGGGUCUCAGUCUGGUCUCAUUGUCUGGAUCUCCUGCAAGGCAGACGGUGACCUCAAACUGGGCAGCGGGGCUGUGGGAGGGUUUAGAAUCACAGAACAGUUUGGGUUGGAAAGGACUGUGAAGGUCAUCCACUCCAACCCCCUGCAGUGAGCAGAGACUUCAACCGGACCUUCAACCGGCUCAGGGUGCUCAGAGCCCCAUCCAACCUGGCCUUGAAUGUUUCCAGGGAUGGUUUAGAUCCGCAUGGCAGUGCAAGGGCUGACUUCCCUAUGCUCUGUGGUGCUCCAGGGUGGCAAACUCGCUGAUGCCCUGUCUCCCACAUUGCUGAUGCUGCGGGUUGGUGGGCACGAGUGCAGCAGCUGCGGAGCUGGGCUUCCUCUGUCUGCUGGCCUUAAAAAUGGUGGUGAGGAGGAGAAGGGGGCAAAGCUGAGUGAUGCUGUGUUGAGCGCAAGGGAGCUCUGUCAUGCACCUGGGAGUGGGUUUAUGGUUUAGGCUCUGCAUCUGCUCUCCUUGAGAGUCAGAGUUUAUCCUUACAGGAACAUCGGCCCUGGCUGCAGCUGUCAGUGGUGGGAAGGGACCCAUUGAGAACCGGCCGCUCUUGGGCCUCCCCUGUGCACCACAGCACAAGCCAUGGCUCUGCCCACUCUAGCCCAGGCGCUGUGGCCAGAAGAGGGGCUCUUUGGCACCGGCUUCCACAGGUUUGAGGAGUUCCUUAUGUUCUGGCUCUGGCAGGCUUUGCAAGCAUGGGUGUGGUUAAGGAUGCCCAGACAACCUAAACAUGCUGAAAGUAACGCUAAGAAUCAGCCCGUCUGCUGUUUGGUCCAGCUGUGUGCUGCUCUGGAGCGUCCUGGCUUCACAGUGGAACCGGCUGUGGACAGAGGGGCCCUUCCCAGCCUGCCCAGACCCUACACCCCUGGAGCUGUGGAGCCAGCUGCAGGUGGAACUUCCCAGGCUUGGAACUUCUGUGCCUUGUCCUGUCACUGGGCACCAACAAGCAGAGUCUGACCCCCUUCUCCUGCUCCCAUGCCCCUUGGGUAUGGAUCAGCAUUGACAGGAUCCCCCUCUCCAUCUGCU